AAGAAGAUGGGGUGUGCCACUCAAUUCAUCAACCUUGAGUCGGAGGAGAGUCCUUAUUUUGGUAAAACGAGUUGAGAAUAAGAACGCUUGUUCUUUCUCUCCCUUCUUCCAAUCUAAGUAACCUUCACAGCUGUAUCCAUCUCUCUCUCUCUCCCGUGUUCUUUCUCUCUUUCUUUAAGCGCCGACACAAUCUUCAAUUUCUUCUCUGUUCUUUUUCCAUGUCUCUUUUAGAUCCAAUCUUUCUUGCUCCUUACAUCCGAGUCUACACCAUUUUGACUUACCCAUCUGAGAAAAAUUAGAUUUCGUGUGAAAUCUACUUCAAACUGAAUUGAGUAUUCCUGCAAAUACUAUAUAUUUCCGGCUACUCACUAGGAAUUACAUUUGGAAUCUUGGGUGUUGGUCAAUUUCUUGACUUCAGCCUAUUGAAGUUGGUGCUGAGUUGGAAAUCUGUGCAGAUAUGGUGGUUUUGUGAUAUUGGCUUGAACCAGUGGAGGAUUUGGGGGCUGUUUUGUGGGUGCUUUUAGUUAAUUACACCCAUGGCUACUCAGACUCAGAGUUGGGCAGACACCUACAAGGGUAUGUCCUCUGAUAAUAUCAAGGGGUUGAUUUUGGCUCUUUCUUCGAGCAUCUUUAUCGGUGCUAGCUUCAUUGUCAAGAAGAAGGGAUUGAAAAAAGCUGGUGCCUCUGGCAUCAGGGCAGGAAGCGGAGGCUAUUCUUACUUAUAUGAACCACUUUGGUGGCUGGGCAUGAUAACAAUGAUUGUUGGGGAAAUUGCUAAUUUUGCUGCCUAUGCUUUUGCACCUGCUAUAUUGGUCACACCCCUUGGUGCUCUGAGUAUUAUUAUCAGUGCGGUUCUUGCACAUAUUAUUUUGAAUGAGAAGCUACACAUUUUUGGAAUUCUUGGUUGUGUUCUUUGUGUCGUGGGUUCUACAACAAUUGUUCUGCAUGCUCCUCAAGAACGUGAGAUUGAAUCUGUUAAAGAAGUUUGGGAUCUUGCUACAGAACCUGCUUUUCUGUUCUAUGCGGCUUUGGUCAUAACAGCUGUAUUUGUAAUUAUAUUCCACUAUAUUCCUGACUAUGGCCAGACGCAUAUAAUGGUCUAUAUUGGGGUGUGUUCUCUUGUUGGCUCUUUGUCGGUCAUGAGUGUUAAAGCACUUGGAAUUGCAUUGAAGUUGACAUUGUCAGGAAUGAAUCAGCUAAUAUAUCCCCAAACAUGGGCCUUUACUUUAGUUGUAAUUACUUGUGUGCUUACCCAAAUGAAUUAUUUGAACAAGGCACUUGAUACAUUCAACACUGCUGUCGUAUCUCCCAUAUAUUAUGUUAUGUUCACAUCGCUCACCAUCGUGGCUAGUGUAAUCAUGUUCAAGGAUUGGGAUAGGCAGAGUCCAACUCAGAUUGUCACAGAAAUGUGUGGGUUUGUGACCAUCCUUUCAGGAACAUUUCUUCUUCACAAGACAAAGGAUAUGGCUGAUGAUACAGUGUCAACAUCUCUGCCUGUGCGACUUCCUAAGCACACAGAGGAGGACGGCUAUGGUGCUGAAGGCAUCCCUCUUCGGCGUCAGGAGUCAUUGAGAUCAUCGCAAAAUUGAUAUAUUCAUCAGCUUCUUCCUGCAAUUGUGAAAGGAAUGCUAUUUGGGGAAGGGAAUGACUGACAUCAACCUGUAUUUUAUGAGAGUACUGCAAUCAUGUUGUUUCCAGGAUACUGUAAGAGAAAGGAGGGUGAGCUUUUUCCCUUCCGUGUUUCUUUUUGGCUUCACAAAGAGUCUAGCAUUCAUCUGUUUCCUUGUGCGCGCUCCCGGCUCCCCCAAUUCAUACGGAAAGAAUUGGCCAAUGUAAUUUUGAGCACAUUGGUAAAAUAUAGUGCUUCUUUGUUUCUUUUGUCACGAAUUGAAUUUGCUUACAAAAUUUAUCCUGCAAAGCAUAAGGCUGUGGCCACAUGGACGUGGGGCUUGCAUGCAUUGCAGCAAACAGUGGUUCUCAUUUUUGGAUGAAAGCAUAUUCUUACAUGUUUAUUCCAAGAA